CUGAAGAGUUCUCUUCACGACGUGUGUUGUUACCGACCCCUGUCGAUGUAGCCAAUCACACGCCGAGAACGUCAGAUGAGUCUGAUGCUCUCUGUUGUCUGCUGCAGCACGUCAGAGUCGUAGGUGGCGUACAGCAAAGCUGCCAGCGCCUCCUAGCGAGUCCCAGCACUCAACUGUUGAAGUGUUCGGAGGGUCGACGACCGACCGUGGUGUGUGGUCCACCGUCCAGCAAACAACUGGUCAGGGACGACAUGAUGAUGACGUCAGGUGUACACAUCACUCUACCCUUCAUCGUGUUUGUAACGGCUGCAAUAUGCGUCACUCGCGGCCAGAAUGCGUUCAACUUCACCCUGAGCCCGUGUGAACAGUCAGUGCGGGGAGUGAGUCCGACUACAAGUGUGUCCGUCACCUGUGUCUGGGAUGCCGAGGUAAAUAUUACAGUUGAAGGUGUGUUGGAUCAAACAACCAGGGUGUUGGCAUCGAACCUGACUCAAAGCAUCAGGUUCUCGCAGUCCAUGUUGUCUCAGGGGUCAGCUGUGUUUGACAUCGCAGGAUCAAAUUUAACCUAUGGCAUGCACACGCUGAGAAUUACAGCAACUAAUCCACUCGACAGCACCAACAACAACGCUUCGAUCAUCGUUGUUAUCUACAACGAAGAGAACAUCACGGGACUAGUUCUCAACAGCAGCCGAGAUUUCUACGAGACUGUGAACACCAACGCCACGCUGACAGCCAGUGUCGUCACGGGCACCGGCAUGGUGGCGCUGUGUCGUCUGACAACAAUCGCUCCUUACAGGUCAACGUCAGCAGCACAAGGUUCACCUCACCUUUUAUAUGGACCGACCCCGGGCGAUACCCAGUCUCCAUCACCGUCUCUAACAUUCAUGGCAACGUGUCCGCACACACUAACGUCACCGUCCUCUAUCCAAUUAACGGUCUUACCUUCUCCACCGACCAGGUGAUACAAGGGGUGAACGAAAAUGUUGUUCUGACCCUAAACGUGUCCUCCAACAUAUCGGUUCCCAUGGGCAACGUCACCUACAAACUGUCUUGGGACACCAGCGUCACAGAGUUUGGGGACCUUAACGUCACUGCAGGUCAGGCAAUACUGUUCUCACACGUCUACACCGUGCAAGGGGACAGAAACGUCACCCUCCAGCUGACGUCACCAGCUCAAGAGAAGGUAUUGUGGGUUCUGGUGCGCAUCUGGGAUAAUCUCAACGUCAGCUUGAAUCUGUCGGCAACAGUCGGGUUACCAAGGGACAGCUUCACUCUCACCUUUGUCAACCCGCCCACGGCAGGCUUCUGCUACAACAUCAGCUGCGGUAUGGCCAGCUGCACUUUCAAGAACAACCCCUCGGCGCUGUAUGCAAACUUUUCACCGCCCAAACCUCCAUUUUCUGUCACCUUCAGCGCAGCCGGCGUGUACGUCUUCACCUUAAGCCUUCAACAAUCUGUACUCGCUCAACACCACGCACACCAUCAUCGUGGAAAACCCCAUCACCACGGAGAGCCUUGCUCUGUUCCCAGCCCAAGACCAAAUCCUUAUCCCGGAUGGCAUCUUUACGAUCACCGCGUCAGUCGCGAAAAUAACGAAAGAUACUACUAUUUAUUGCACCUGGGACUCCGGUCAAAAUAAUCAAACAGAUGCCAUCUUCUUCAACUUUCCAACAGAUUUCCCGGUAGUCCAAGACAUCUACUUUGAAUUUGAAGGGAACUACACCGUGACUUUCCACUGCUGGAACAACGUUUCUGAUGUAACCCUGAGCUCCAACAUCACAGCAAUUCGUUGGACUUUUACCGAUGUACAGUUGUCGUAUAACAACAUGCCUAUCUUUGAUGGUGACGUUUACUACAAUUCAAUUCUGUUCAGAUUGUCAAUGCUGAACACUAAACGUCCUCCUAAGAACAUGUUUAUUACGUUUGACUAUGGAGACGGCAGUACCAUCAACACAGUUGCGAUGACUAAAUGGGAUUGGAAUCACAAUUUCCCGUCUCGAAAUGUCUACAAUCGGCAGUGUCUCGCUGUCAUAUAACAUGAAGGGUAACACGACUAUUAGUUUCUCCAUACGUUUGGGUGCUUUUCAGCUGUUCUCGGAGCCUCUCGGCGGUCUGGUACAGAUGCGCCAGUUUCGUUUCUUUGUCUCUCUUCCAAACAACAUUUCUGUGGAAAACGUGACCGUGUACUUUGGUGAUGGAAUCAACGAAACUAGGACUGUGCCACAGGAUCCGUACCCAGACCGGCUAGAAUUCACCCACAUCUACCAAACUGUUGGAAAAUUCGUCGCAAGAAUGACUGGCGUAGGUUCGACAUUCUCAGAGUCAGCAUCGUUUCCCGAACCACUGGAAGUCGAGGGUUCGGUUGAUGACCUGAAGCUGCAGAUCCCACCAACAGUGCAUCACCCUCCUGGUGUCGUCACGGCAAACGUGUAUCUCGCUCGCUCGCAGCACCAGAUCAUGAACAUGACCUGCAAGAUGAACUGGGACGAAAUACUCGAUAGUACGCUCGGCACGUGGAGCGGCUCUUUGCAGCCGACUGCUAGCUUCCCGAUGUCCUUCACCUACCUCACGUUGGGCGUCAAGGAGCUGGUGCUGAACUGUUCCAAUCCCUACUCAAACAUUUCCUUAUCGGCCUAUGUUUUCGUAAACAAUGAGUGUUUCUCCCCCGACCCCAUCUUUGACCGGCAGUUUGCUAAGUACCACAAGCCCAUGGUGGUGCUACAGUCCGUGAAGGUGAAGCUAGUCACACGCACGGUUAUCCUGUGCACGACCCACAAGCCCAGAUUUGUGUGGAGCAUUUCUGUGUACAGUCCAAACGGAGCUAGACUCUCCAGUUACACAAACUUCCAGCAGCCCAAGGUGGAUUACCUGAUCAUAGAGCCGGGCGAGCUGGAGCCAGGUCUGUACAGGAUGGCGUUGAACAUCAGCUUUGGUGCAGAAUACAAGUACUGCUGGCUUUGGGAGUCGAUAUUCGUCAAGAUGGAGCGACCUCCAUUAGUUGCAGAGAUCCAGGGCGGAAGGAUUAGAAAAACUGGUGACCCUGAGGCUAUCAUCGAUGCCAGGACUGGUUCCUACGAUCCCAUCAGAGGGUACGGCAUCAGCGACGGCCUGGUGUUCAGCUGGAACUGCAGCGUCUACCACACGGCAACCGUCGAGGACCUGAUGAACUUGGCCAAGCAGUCUAGCCCAGGUGACCCCCAACCCUGUGAUGACAUCUCCAAGGAAAUAGUCGAGGGGAAAAGACAACUCGUCAUUGAGCAAAACGUGAAGGCCAUAGGAUUUAUGUUUGAGGUUUGCAGAUAA